CAUCCCUCCCCCUUCCGGAGGACAAAGACUAAAAUGGGUCAGACUCACGCGCGCAGCAGAUCCUCCGCACCAGCCAUCAUGUAAUGUACUCCAUCAUCCUGCAGACUGGGAACAAGAUGCUGCUCGCUAGAAUCACGGUCUUCCCUAAACCGCUUCGCCUCAUCUGAGUUUCUAGCGAAAAGACAAAUGUGUAUUAGACAUCCGUGUGUUUGUACCGUUUGAUUCAAGAUGAUGGCUCGGGUAAAGCUUCUUGUUUGCGCUGUUCGUUGAAAUGAACCGAAGAGAAAGCUACAGAUGGAUGCGUUCCUGGUGAAACAAGGUGAAGGAGUAAAGUCUUGUUUUGUGGACUGUGGACCUUGAGAACUCUUAAUGGAGGACAACUCGUACUGCCACCCUGGACAUUUUUGGAUAUCUGCUUCUCUUCCUUGGACACCGGUCUCUUUUUGAUUAGAUCUGUGUUGAUUGGCCGCUGCCAUGACUUUAUUAAUUCCCCAUCACCAAGGGUGGAAACGAAUGCUAGCUGCUGUCUUGGCAUUGCAAAUGAUUGUGCAAUGUGUUUCGGCUGUGGAACCAGAAACCUGUUACUCAAGACAACAUCAGAGAGCUAUAGUCAAUGUAAGACAGGCAUUAACUAAGGAAGGGGUGCUUAUGGAUGCCCGAGUGGUUCGGUCAGAGCGAGACUGUGUCCUAGCAUGUUGCUCUGAGGAAGUUAAGCAAGGGGCUAAGUGCAACAUGGCUGUAUUUAAUGGCAAAAAACAGCCUGGUGACGACAACUGCUUCUUAUUCCACUGUCCGGCCGAGCAGGAUUGUCCAUUAAUGAAAGCUGUGGAUGGCAUUAACACAUACGAUAUCUACAAAGGACUGAUCCAUUUGACAACAGGGAGACCAAGUGUUACUAUGGGCUUGACCAGUACUCCUACUCCGAGAACAACACAAACUCCACCUACUACAACUACAACGACACCUACAUCCACUACAACACAGACCCCAACCACAAUGCCGCCCCCCACCACCACUCAGUCUCCCACAACAACCCCAACCUUGGACAGCGAGCCUCCUCCACGUUUAAUUAUCAUUUCCUCCAUACCUGCUGUGGCAUCCACCACGACAACUACCACAACAGAAGUUACAUCAAUUACAAUACGAAGACCAAACAAACCCAGCAAAAAGCAAAACAAAAAUACAAAAAAGGGAAGGUUGCAUCCAGUGAUCACCAAAACCACACCUGCACCUGCAAGCGCUACUACAACACUUCAUGUUACUUUGGUUGACCAAGAGGAUGCAUAUAGAACUGCUGAGAUAUCACAACCUAAAGUAGAACUGUGCACCACAACUACCACACCUUCUACUACCACAACACCUUCUACUACCACAACACCUUCUACUACCCCCACAACCACCACAACUACUACUACCACUCCUUCCUCAACCACCACCACUACUACUACAACCACUACUCUUACUACACCAACAACAGCUCCUCCUUCCACUACUUCAACUGCAACUGUUCCUCCGACUGCUUCCACCACAACAAAGGAGAAAUUCAAUCUAAUAACUACUACUCCUGCAGUCAGUCUACUCAUUGUCCCUAAAGGUGUGGUCCAACCAGAGCACCCACUGCAGGACCAAAGUCAGGCUAAAGCUGCAACAAUGGGCCAUGGGGCAGUGAAAAGUGGUGUGGUGGCCUUCAUGGUACUGGGACUUGCUGUGCUAACGAUGGCAUUGGCUAUAGGGGGCAGGAAGGCGAUGGAGUCCUUUGACAGGCGUCAUUAUACCAGAUUGGAGCUCAAUGAUUUGCACUAUGAAGUGUGAGGCCAACAACCUCAUGCUUAAUAGAGCCAAUAUUUUUUUUAAAUUUAUACUCAACGCUUUAUGUUGUAUUAUGGGCACUGAAAUUUGUAAGACUUUGUGGAUGUACAGCAGAGCAGCUCUUGACUCUGUGAUAUAGGUAAACUUCCAUAAUUUUUUUCACAUAUUUCAAUUAGUGAUCACUUGAGAAUGGCACCUGCGCCAUGAACUCUGGCCCUGAGGCUUGAUGAGCUAAAGGCCGCUUUGUUGCAGGAUCAGCAAUUGCACAUGGCACAACAUUCUUUAUUCACGUUUUAUAUAAUGGCAUAAGCCACAUCACCUCUAUUAUCUAAGGAUUACAUAGUUUAAUUAUAACACAAUUUAACCACCAUGAAGGCUAUCUGAUUUGCCAAAUGUGUUUUGAACAAUCUCUAGAUUUGGAGUAUGUGUUCAUUGAAUUACAUUAUUAUACAUAGAUUUGAAACUUUCAUCAUGCUUUCGUGGUUUAAUGCAGGUUCAAUUUUGUUUUGUUCUGUAAUGGGAUUUUUAUAAGUGUUAAUCUCUGAUUCUGCUGAUUUUGGUCCCACUGUGUUGGGCAAGUAUGUUUUACAUGUCUCUAAAUCAUUCUGAAUUGUUUUACUAUUAGAUUGUGUUAGGCCACCUUAUUUUAAAUGAUGCAUUUCAGUCCAUACAAAUGUUCAAACUAUCAUUGUAAAUUACAGACAGUGUGAAGCAAUAUUUUACUCCUAAAUACUCAGGAUACAGAAAGCAACUCUCUUGGUGACUGUGUGUUGCCAUAAAUCGCGCACGCAAUGCAUGUCUUUGCCACAGCCAUACAAGCUUAAUGGUGAUAUCACUUACUUAAAUGUGAGCCUCACUAUCUCACUGUGUGGUUUUAUGUCCACAUAAUCACUCGUGGAUUGGAUUCAAUGUGAAUGCAAUCUUUAAAAUUCAUUGCACUAUUAUAUUGUCAUUAUUUUUAAUUAAUAGCCUAUAACCUGCUUCUUUUUAAGUAAAAUGUUUUCAUAGGUGCAUUGGUUGUGCACUGGGAGAUUAUUACUAUUGUAUUAUACAUAUAGGAAUGAAGGUUGGAAGUGCGCAGGCAAAACAUGCUAGGACACGAGAUUACCAGGAGGGGGCAGCAGAAACCUGGUUGAGGACUAGGCUGCAGGC